UAUCUUGGUUGUUAUCGAGACCAAUGGGCGAGAACCCUAGGUGGAAAGAAAACCCGAUCAGGAUCAAUGACAUUUGAAAAAUGUAAAUCAAUUUGUUCCCACAAGAAAAUCAAUUCCGUAUACUUCGGACUAGAGAAUCGAGAUGAAUGCUUUUGUGGAAACUCUAUAACAAGAAGUGUGUUGAAAGAUGAGGGUGAAUGUACACACAAGUGUAAAGGAAACUCCAGACAAGGAUGUGGAGGUCCCUGGAGAUUAGCUGUCUAUAGGAACUCCAAACACACAAAAACCGGCGUUUCAACAAAAGAUCUAUUAGGUUGCUUCAUUGACCAGCGCAGCAGAGUCCUGGAUGGUGGAAGAACAAAAUCUAAAGAUAUGACUCUUGAAAAAUGUAAAAACAGAUGUAUUAGUGAGAAAAAGAAGUAUUAUGGUUUGGAGGUCGGCGAGGAGUGUUUCUGUGGCAAUUAUUUGACUCAAAAGAAGUCUCGACCAAACAAAGAGUGUAUGACCCCGUGUAAAGGGGACAGAACUCAGGCUUGUGGUAGUGGAUGGAGAGUAUUGAUCUACAAAAACACAGCUUAUAAAUCUAGCGUCAUCAGUCAAAAUUUCCUUGGUUGCUACAAAGACCAGCGUUCAAGAACACUUAAGGAUUAUAAAACUACCUCAUCAAAAAUGACGGUCAAGAAAUGUUGGGACAUUUGUCACAAGAAAAAUUACAAAUAUUAUGGAGUACAGGCAAAACGUGAAUGUUUCUGUGGUAACAAACUGACAAAGAAAGUUAAGAAGAACAGUGAGGAGUGCACCCAGCCCUGUUCUGGGAACAAGUCUCAGGGGUGCGGAGGGAGCUGGCGUCUGGCCGUGUACACCAACUCCAAGUUCCCAACGAAAGUUUCUACCACAAACUUCAUCGGCUGCUUCAAAGACCAGUGGUCACGGACUUUAAACGGCGGAAAAACAGUCUCAAAGUCCAUGACGUUGGAGAAAUGUCAGCUGACAUGUGAAAAGAAAAAUACCAAAUAUUACGGUUUAGAGGUAGGGAAGGAAUGUUUCUGUGGGAACUAUUUGACGAAACGUGAAAAGAAGGAUAAAGAGGAUUGUCUAAUGGCCUGUCGGGGGAACAUCAAACAAGGAUGUGGUGGCCACUGGAGGGUACUCAUCUACAAAAACAGGAAAUAUAAAACCAACAUAGUUCAGAAAGAAUUUGUGGGUUGCUACCAAGAUCAGCGGGCGAGAACACUCAAAGACAAGAAGACAACGUCAAAGAAAAUGACUGUUAGCAUGUGUAGAAAAACGUGCCUUGAUUUGAAAAUGAAAUAUUAUGGUCUAGAGGCAACAGAUGAGUGCUUCUGUGGUCUCAAACUAUCAAAGAAAGUGGUAAAGGCUGAUGGUGAGUGUACCAAGCCCUGCAAGGGAGAUAAAUCUCAGGCGUGUGGAGGAAGCUGGAGACUGGCCGUAUACGAAAACCCCGCUUUCCAACACACUGCAAUCGUGAAGAAGGAAUACUUGGGUUGCUACAAAGAUCAAUACUCCAGAACUCUCAAAGAAAAGAAAACGAAAUCCUACUCUAUGACAGUAGACAAAUGUCGGAAGAUAUGCACGGAUCUCAGAUACAAAUAUUAUGGUGUAGAGGCUGCGAGGGAGUGUUUCUGUGGUAACAAACUGACCAAGUCCCACAAGAAGAAGGAUAGUGAGUGCAUGACCCCGUGUAAGGGAGAUCGGGAACAGGCGUGUGGUGGGAGCUGGAGACUGGGAGUUUACCAAAACCCCAACUUCAAACCAACGGCCAUUGUCAAAUCAGAGUUCGUUGGUUGCUACAAAGAUCAAAGAAGCCGAACACUAAAGGCAAAGAAAACCACCUCAAAAUCUAUGACUGUCAAUAAAUGCAGAAAGAUAUGCACGGGUCUAAAAUACAAGUACUAUGGAGUAGAGGCUAGCAAUGAGUGUUUCUGUGGUAACAAACUGACUCAGUCUCACAAGAAGAAGGACGGUGAGUGCAUGACCCCGUGUAAGGGAGAUCGGGAGCAGGCGUGUGGUGGGAGCUGGAGACUGGGAGUUUACCAAAACCCCAACUUCAAACCAACUGCUAUUGUUAAAAAAGACUACGUUGGUUGUCAUGUUGACCAAUGGAAGAGAACUCUUGGCAAGAAGAAAACGAGCUCAAAGACUAUGACUGUUGAUAAAUGUAAGAAAACAUGUGUAGCCGCUGACACCCAAUACUAUGGCCUGGAGAAUGGUAACGAGUGUUUCUGUGGACAUAAGCUGAGUAAGAAGAAGUCUGACAGUGAGUGUAUGAAGCCGUGUACAGGGGACCGUGAGCAGGCGUGUGGAGGAAGCUGGAGGCUCGCUGUGUACAAGAACACUAAGUUUGUACCAUUGACUAUAGUGCAGACAGGAUAUGAAGGCUGUUAUGAAGAUACUCUCAUUAAAAGAACACUAUCCGGAAAGAAAACACGAUCUUCAAGUAUGACUGUGGAAAAAUGCAGAGAUAUUUGCAAAAAAGAAAAAGCAAAUUUUUAUGGUUUGGAGGCGAAAGAUGAGUGUUUCUGUGGCAUCAGCAUGACCUCAGCUAAUAAGAGAUCUGAUACUGACUGCAUGCGUCCCUGUACCGGAAACAAGAAGCAAGGCUGUGGCGGAUCAUGGAGAAUAGCCGUGUAUAAACUACCAACUGUAAAAGCCCCAACAAUUUGUAAAGACACAAAAGAAGAGAUACAGUGUAAUUCCACUGGUGGUGAAAGAUCAGUUUGUAUCGUGCCAAAAGCUGAACUCGUUCUCAGCGUAGACCCUAAGUCAUCGGGCACCGAUUGUGUGGCGGGAAAAACUUAUGGAAGACAUGGCGACGAAGUAUGGGUGUCAGGCAAAUGUGGCGGGAAAUUUGAAGUGUGUUACAGACAAGCCGUCGAAGAGGAAGUUUCAAACGAUUGUAUAAAGACAGCUGAUGGCAGCGAUUACACAGGAACGUGGAAUAAGACCAAGUCUGGCAAAACCUGCCAAGCUUGGUCAUCUCAGAGCCCUCACAAACAUAGCUUUACCUCCCUACCCAACAACUACUGUAGAAACCCUGACGGGGAACCUCACGCCUGGUGUUAUACCACUGAUCCUAACACCAGAUGGGAGUUCUGUGAUCUAAAGCAGUGUGAAGCACCCAAGGCUGGUGAGGCAGAAGAAUGCCUUAGUGAACCUAAAGGUCAAAACUACCUGGGAACCAAAAAUGUCACAAAAUCUGGUUUAACAUGUCAGGCCUGGUCUUCGCAAACACCACACAGUCACUCCUUUGGUAAAAGUCUGGGAAAUCAGGAAAACUACUGUAGGAACCCGGAUGGAGAACCCAAGCCCUGGUGUUAUACAACAAACAAGGACAAACGAUGGGAGUUCUGUGACAUCCCAGAAUGCGCGGAAUGUGAUGUUGAACAAGAAAAGGGUCCAGAUUGCAAAGUGAUUUACAAGAUUUCUGGAAGUUGUCAUUAUGAUUCUCACUAUAGCAACGAAUGUAAAUAUACAGUCAGUCUUAAUAAAGACAGCACCGGAAAUCUAAAGGCAGAUGUAAAAUACGGAACCACAUCGUUCUCACUUGCAGAGGGGAAGGGUGUCAACAAGUGUGCAUACUUUAAGAUAAUCGGAGACUAUAUGGUUAUCGAAGAUAAACUGGCCCAUGGAUAUGGAAUCGCUUGGUUAUGGCACUGGAAAGGAAUGAGAACCACAAAUUCAGUUUGCCAAAACCAUAAAAUGAGCCUGAAAUGUUGGCAUGGUACCGUCAUUAAGAUACACUAUGCUAACUACGGUCGGACAGACUAUUUCACCUGUCCACGUGGGCAUCUGUUGACGGACGAUUGCGUGAAUGAGAGGACAAAGAAAAUCGUCAAACGUCGAUGUAAUGGAAGGAGGCGAUGCAAACUGAAGGCUAGCUCACGAGUGUUUGGUAACUCCUGUCGGGGGACUACUAAAUACCUAGAAGUAACCUUUUCUUGUGUCGAUGCUGAUGAUGACAAACGAAAUGUAGAGCUCGACGAUUAGAAAGUGGCUGUCCAACAGAAAUGAAAUUGAAAUUCGCUGUCAAUAACGUCACUAGAUAAUGGAA